UAUCAUACGUAAAACUCGAAUCAAUCGAUUUUAAACUGAACUACAUAUUCUGUAGUUUUUUGGAUAUCGGUUUUUAUGAAAUAUGCAACACUAUUAGACAAGUAGACUAAUGAAAAAUAAAAAUUCUCUAAUCAAAUUUAAUGUAAAUAACCCAAAUUUUAAGAAUGAACACCAAAGCAAGAUAGUAAAAUAAAAAAAAGAAAUUAAUAUGUUUUUCAGAAAUGUUAAAUCAGCUGCGGAGUUUGCACUCUACUGUAAAUCACCGCUAUUUCUCCAGAGUUUACACAAUUUGGGAAAUGUUCGAUUACAACUGCGUAACUCAUUCCACAAGUCUCGGCAAGGAGUACGACGACCAAUUUCUGAACCCAACCCCUUAGAUGUUUUACAAAUAGAUUCAAGCCCUUUACAAGCUAAGAGUUUAUUAAAACCCUUCGUUUUUGCUGUUGGGGUAACAUCUCUAAGCUUAGCUGGUUGUGUCAUUUGGGAAUAUGAAAAGCUACGAUCUCACGCCACAUCCUUUCUUAAAAGACCAGGAGCAUGGUUAAAUACUCAUCAAAAGAGGUUUAAUGCACAAGCAAGAUCAGAACCUGGUCCGAUAAAGACAUGGUGGAGUUCUCUAAAAGAGAGUGAAAGGGUUUUUUAUCCCAUUCUUGCGGCAAAUGUAUUGGUAUUUGGUGCUUGGCGAGUAAGAGCAUUACAGCCUUACAUGGUUAAAUAUUUCUGUUCAAAUCCUUCUGGACGAGCUAAAUGUCUACCAAUGGUGUUAAGUACAUUUAGUCACUAUUCCACAUUACAUUUGGCAGCUAAUAUGUAUGUUCUUUAUAGCUUCAUGCCAGCUGCUGUAGCAUCAUUAGGAAAGGAACAGUUUGUUGCUAUGUAUCUCAGUGCUGGUGUUGUGAGCAGUUUUGCCAGCUUUUUAUAUAAAGUUUUACUCAAUCAGCCUGGCCUCAGUCUUGGAGCGUCAGGAGCAAUUAUGGCAGUGUUGUCAUAUGUAUGCAUGCAGUACCCUGAUACCAAAUUGAGUAUCAUAUUUUUACCUAUGUAUACUUUUGCUGCAGGUGCUGCUAUUAAAGUAAUAAUGAGUAUUGAUCUUGCUGGAGUUAUUCUUGGAUGGAAAUUUUUUGAUCAUGCAGCUCAUCUUGGUGGUGCAUUAUUUGGAAUGGCUUGGUGUUUCUGGGGUAAUUCACACAUUUGGGGCAACAGAGAUAAGUUCCUUCAGUAUUACCACAGGCUCAGAAAAGAUUCUAGAUAACAUUCUAAAGAAGACUAAAUUAA